CUAUGGAAGGAAGAAGGAAAAAAGAAAAAAGGCUAACUUUACCGAAGGGUGCAGGUGGAACGGCAGGGCUAGCACCGUCUGCAUCUGCUCGCGGGAGAAGAAGAAAAAAACAACUGCAUUCUGUUUUCCGUGUACUGGAUCCAAAAUUAUCCUGCCAAUCCAGGAAUAUUACAUCACUGUUCAAACUGGGAGAGUUGAGACGACACAACGGCCCGGACCGGGGAGAAUGAAAGAGCCGGUGUCGUUUUAGGCCCUGCCGCAGGACUCCUGAAAAGAGGACAGGGCACCUGCUGGAAGGAGGCCAGCGCCUGACAUUUUAAAACAGCGAGAAAGCGGGAACCAUGCGAUUAUUCUGUCACCCGCUCGACACCAGAUAGCUCAGAGACAGACUUCCUUUGGCGGGCCUGGCACAGUGCGGUCUCUUCCCCUCCCGCCUUCCCCCCCCUGUUCCUCUGUCCGCUCUGCCCGGGAGGAGCGCAGAACCACCGAGCGCAAACCCGGCGAAGGCGUACGCGUCCCUGUUCUCCGGGGGCAAACGAGUCGGCCAAGGGAGAGAAAGACAAGAGAAACAGGAAACCGAAAAAAGUCCUUUUCCUGUCCGUUCCUUCUCAUAGGCACCACCCAAUGGAGAGGCUAAGAAGAGAAUCAGGAUAAAGGACAGAAAAAUACAUUUAAAAAAAGCCUGAAUCUGAGAAUUUGAAGGGUUUAGAACUAGGUCCUGUGAGAAUCGUUCGAUCUCGCCAUCAUCAUCGGUGGACCUCUUAUACGUGGACAGGUGCAUUCCUCAUUUAGGCGAGGAUAAAAGGAGACAAAAAAGAAAGGCUCGUUUUCUUUCCUGGCGGUGGAUUAAUCCCGGAACCCGGAGUACAGGACAGAGCGGCUCGGGAUCAGGACUGGGUCUGGAAGAUGAGCGGGGAGCGGAGGUACCUCAGCCGGCCGUUCUGGGCCGUGGUGCUGGCGGGGCUGGCGGCGGCGGCGGUGACGGUGACGGGGCUGGAGUUCGGAGGCGCCCCGGGCCAGUGGGCGCGGUACGGGCGGUGGGAGGCCGGCUCGGGGGGCGAGCUCAGCUUCAGCCUGAAGACCAACGUCAGCAAGGCGCUGGUGCUCUACCUGGACGACGGCGGCAACUGCGACUUCCUGGAGCUGCUGAUCGCCGGCGGCCGGCUGCAGCUGCGCUUCGCCAUCCACUGCGCCGAGCCCGCCGGCCUCGUCAUGGAGACGGCCGUCAACGACGACCGCUGGCACAUGGUGCUGCUCACGCGCAACUACCGCGAGACCAUGCUGGUGGUGGACAGCGAGGCCAAGGUGGCCGAGGUCAAGUCCAAGCGGCGGGAGAUGGCGGUGGUGAGCGACCUCUUCGUGGGCGGCAUCCCGCCGGACGUGCGCCUCUCGGCCCUCACCUCCAGCACCGUCAAGUACGAGCCGCCCUUCCAGGGCCUGAUCGCCAACCUGAAGGUGGGGGAGACGCCCCCCGCCCUGCUCAACAGCCAGGGCAUUCAGAGCGACCUGGAGUACCUGUGCACCAGGCAGAACCCCUGCCUCAACGGCGGCUUCUGCACCAUCCAGUACGGGGAGGUGCAGUGCGACUGCACCCUCACCCGCUACCGGGGGAAGUACUGCAGCGAAGCAGAGGAGCACGCAGCAGAAGGUCUGGCGCACCUGACGUUAAACAGCCAAGGAGCCUCUUCUCAGACCUCCACGCCCUGGGCUGAAGGUGAUUCGUCGCAAACCGGGAAGGAGGAGUCGGUGGCCACCUUCAAGGGCAACGAGUUCUUCUGCUACGACCUGUCGCUGACGCCCAUCCAGAGCAGCACGGACGAGAUCACGCUGUCCUUCCGCACCCUGCAGCGCAACGGGCUAAUGCUGCACACGGGCAAGUCGGCUGACUACGUCAACCUGUCGCUCAAGAGCGGCGCCGUCUGGCUGGUCAUCAACCUGGGCUCGGGGGCCUUCGAGGCGCUGGUGGAGCCCGUCAACGGCAAGUUCAACGACAACGCCUGGCACGACGUGCGCGUCACCCGCAACCUGCGCCAGCACGCAGGCAUUGGACACGCUAUGGUGACCAUCUCAGUGGAUGGCAUCCUGACCACCACUGGCUACACUCAGGAGGACUACACCAUGCUGGGCUCCGACGACUUCUUCUACAUCGGGGGGAGCCCCAACACCGCCGACCUCCCCGGCUCCCCCGUCAGCAACAACUUCAUGGGCUGUCUGAAGGAUGUGGUGUACAAGAACAACGACUUCAAGCUGGAGCUGUCCCGCCUGGCCAUCGACAGGGACCCCAAGAUCAGCCUGCACGGGGACCUGGUGUUCCGCUGCGAGGACGUGGCGGCGCUGGACCCCGUCACCUUCGAGACGGCUGCGUCCUUCAUCGCCCUGCCCAAGUGGAACACCAAGAAGACGGGCUCCAUCUCCUUCGACUUCCGCACCACCGAGCCCAGCGGCCUGCUGCUGUUCAGCCACGGGCGGCCCCAGGGCCCCAAGGACCAGCGGCCGGGCCGCGAGCUCAAGACCGACUACUUCGCCAUCGAGCUCCUGGACGGCUACCUCUACCUGCUCAUGGACAUGGGCUCCGGCAGCAUCAAGAUCAAGACCAGCAACAAGAAGGUCAACGACGGGGACUGGUGCCACGUGGACUUCCAGAGGGAGGGGCGCAAAGGCUCCAUCUCGGUGAACAGCCGGAGCACCCCGUUCUUCUCCAACGAGGGCAGCGAGAUCCUGGACCUGGACAGCGAGAUGUACCUGGGCGGGCUGCCGGAGUCCCGGGCGGACCUGGUGCUGCCGCCGGAGGUGUGGACGGCGGUGCUCAACUACGGCUACGUGGGCUGCGUGCGCGACCUCUUCAUCGACGGCAAGAGCCGCGACGUGCGCCGGCUGGCCGAGAUGCAGAGCGCGCCGGGCGUCAGCAGCUUCUGCACCCGCGAGCUGCAGAAGAAGUGCGGCAGCGCCCCCUGUGGCAACGGCGGGCAGUGCAGGGAGGGCUGGAACCGCUACAUCUGCGACUGCACCGGCACCGGCUUCCUGGGGGAGAACUGCGAGACUGAGGCCACGGUGCUGAGCUACGACGGCAGCAUGUACCUGAAGAUCAUCAUGCCGGGCACGCUGCACACGGAGGCGGAGGACGUGGCGCUGCGCUUCAUGUCCCAGAGGGCCUACGGCCUGCUCAUGGCCACCACCUCCAAGGAGUCCGCCGACACCCUCCGUCUGGAGCUGGACGGCGGGCGAGUCAAGCUCACCGUCAACCUAGAUUGUAUCAGGAUAGACUGUAAUCUCAGUAAAGGCCCCGAGACGCUGUUCGCCGGGCAGAAGCUGAACGAUAACGAGUGGCACGCCGUGAAGGUGGUGCGCCGGGGGAAGAACCUGCAGCUCUCCGUGGACAACGUGACCGUCGAAGGCCAAAUGACGGGCGCCCACACGCGGCUGGAGUUCCACAACAUCGAGACGGGCAUCAUGACGGAGCGGCGCUUCAUCUCGGUGGUGCCGUCCAACUUCAUCGGGCACCUGCAGGGCCUGUCCGUCAACGGCGUGCCCUACCUGGACCAGUGCAAGAACGGCGACAUCUCCUACUGCGAACUGAACGCCCGCAUCGGCAUGCGCCACAUCAUCGCCGACCCCGUCACCUUCCGCACCAGGGGCAGCUACCUGGCGCUCGCCACUUUGCAGGCCUACGCCUCCAUGCACCUCUUCUUCCAGUUCAAGACCACCUCCUCCGACGGCCUGCUGCUGUACAACAGCGGCGACGGCAGCGACUUCAUCGUGGUGGAGCUCGUCAAAGGGUUUGUCCACUACGUCUUUGACCUGGGCAACGGGCCGUCGCUCAUGAAGGGGAACUCGGACAAGCCGCUCAACGACAACCAGUGGCACAACGUGGUGGUGUCCCGGGACGCCAGCAACGUGCACACGCUGAAGAUCGACUCCCGAACCGUCACCCAGCACUCCAACGGAGCCCGCAACCUGGACCUCAAAGGAGAGCUGUACAUCGGGGGUGUGGUGAAGAGCCGGUACAACACCCUGCCCAAACUGAUCGCGUCCCGGGACGGGUACCAGGGCUGCCUGGCCUCAGUGGACCUGAACGGGAGACUGCCGGACCUGAUCGCAGACGCCCUCCACAGGGUGGGGCAAGUGGAGAGGGGCUGUGAGGGCCCCAGUACGACCUGCAUGGAGGACUCCUGCUACAAUCAGGGCGUGUGUCUCCAACAGUGGGAGGGCUUCUCCUGUGACUGCACCAUGACGUCCUACGGGGGCUCGUACUGCAGCGACCCUGGGACCACCUACAUUUUUGGAAAAGGAGGAGCCCUCAUCACCUACACCUGGCCCCCCAACGACCGGCCGAGCACAAGGGCAGACCGGCUGGCUGUGGGGUUCAGCACACAGCUGAGAGAGGCCAUCCUGGUGCGGGUGGAGAGUGCGACGGGAUUGGGAGACUACCUGCAGCUGCACAUAGAACGAGGAAAGAUCGGCGUGAUCUUCAACGUGGGAACGGACGACAUCACCAUCGACGAGGGCGCGGUCGUGGUGAGCGACGGGAAGUACCACGUGGUGCGCUUCACCCGCAGCGGCGGCAACGCCACGCUCCAGGUGGACAACCAGCCCGUCAUCGAGCGCUUCCCGUCAGGGAACAAUGAUAUCGAACGCCUGGCUAUUGCUAGACAAAGAAUCCCAUACAGACUUGGUCGGGUAGUUGACGAAUGGCUACUCGACAAAGGUCGACAGUUAACGAUCUUCAACAGCCAGGCGUCGAUCAGAAUCGGGGGGCGCGACAGGGGGCGGCCGUUCCAGGGCCAGAUCUCGGGGCUCUACUACAACGGCCUGCAGGUGCUGAAGCUGGCGGCCGAGGGGGACCCCAACGUGCAGGUGGAGGGGAACCUGAGGCUGGUGGGGGACGUGCCGUCCGUCCUCACCACCGACACCACCUCCACCACCCCCCUGGCGGACAUGUCCACCACGAUCAUGGAGACAACCACCACGAUGGCCACCACGACAACCCGCAAACAGCGCUCACCCACCAUGAGGGACAGCGUCACUCAGAACACCGACGACCUGCUGGUGGCAUCGGCGGAAUGCCCCAGCGACGACGAGGACCUGGAGGAGUGUGAGCCGGGAACCGGAGGCGAAUUAGUGUUGCCCAUAAUUACAGUGGACUCCCUAGACCCCCCGUCUAUCGCCACUCGCUACCCUGUCAUUCCCCCGCCCCCCACCUACCGCCCCUUCCUCACCCUGCUCGAGACCACCAAAGAGUCCCUGACCCUGGCCAACGGCCGGCCCCCCUGCCCCCUGGACCAGGAGGACUGUGAGGACCCCAUCGAGGUGUCCGCCUACGGCUCGGGGGAGAUGACCGAGUCGGACGACGAGGACUAUUACAAAAACUCGCCCCUCGUCACCGACAGGACGGUCCUGCCCCCGCCCCCCGCCGCGGAGGGCGGGGUCCAGAACCCCCGCGACCGCCACUUCUCCCGCCCCCCCGACUCCCACCGCCCCCCCUCCAGCACCCCCACCGCCAACCCCGACCAGCUGGCCCGCCACAAACCGGGCAGCAGCACCGGCGGCGGCGGCGGGGGGGGUCGCAUCCCCGCCGGCAAAAUGAACACCCGCGACCAGGUGCUGCUGCCCCCAGCCCCCCCCUCCCGCGACCCCGACCACGGCGGCCGCCACCGGCACGCCCCGGGAAUAACCUACCCCCCGAAUUUCCACCAUGUGCCCACAGCCAACCCCACGGCGCCGGAGCGGGGCCCCCCGGGGGCAGUGGAGGUGUUCCGCGAGUCCAGCAGCACCACGGGCAUGGUGGUGGGCAUCGUGGCGGCCGCCGCCCUCUGCAUCCUCAUCCUCCUCUACGCCAUGUACAAGUACCGCAACCGCGAGGAGGGCUCCUACCAGGUGGACCAGACGCGCAACUACAUCAGCAACUCGGCCUCGCAGAGCAACGGCGCCGUCGUCAAGGAGAAGCAGCCGGGCACCGCCAAGACCGCCACCAAGAACAAGAAGAACAAGGACAAGGAGUACUACGUCUGAGACCGGCCCCCGGGGAGAGACGGAGAGAGAGGGAUGGAAGGGAGGGAAGGGAGGGGAGGGAAGGAGAGAGACAGAGAGAGGGACAGAGAGAGAGAGGGAAGGAGGAGGAGAGAGGCGCACGGGCCAUGGUAUUUUCGGAGCAAUCCACUUUCACCUCAGCCAUCCCACUCCCCGCGGUACAAUCUUCCACGGUCGCCAAAAAACUCCUCCUUCCCUGUUUCUCCACCCCUCCGCCUGCUUUGAUGGAGAGAAAGGGGGAGGAGUCGUAGGAAGAAAGGAGAAGCUCUCAUUCUUUGUUCAUUCAGAUUCCCCCCCUUAUUUUGGCAUGUGCGCCACCCCACCCUUCACUACCACUUCCCCCCCCGACCCCCCUGACCCCCCCCGACUCCACUCUAGCCCCUUUCAUCUUCAAUAAAUUUUCUUUUUUUUCUUUACUUUUAUUUACUCUUUUGAAUGCAGAUUGACUUAUGCAUUCCGUUCACUGACUCACUUAAUCAUGCACCAUUCUUUCUUUGUUUUGUUUGUUUUUCAUUACAACUGUCAUCCAACAUCUGUUUCGUGCACAAGCUCACAUGCUCAUCUUCUCAGUAAGUACAAUGCCGGGUUGGCAUUAGGUGGGCAGAGAGAGAGAGAGAGAGACCUCGAGACCAGGCAGGGUUCGUUUGUGCCAAGGGCCACGCCCGUUUCCUGUAUUUUGGCAGAGCGAUUCCAUCGCUGUUUGGAGAGAAAUAUUCGGGCGAGAAACAAGAGGAUGUGUACAAAGCCGACCGAUAGCGGUGAGAGAAAUAGGCAGAGAGCUUUCUCACGAGAAAAGCCUUCGCUUUGGCGCUGAGGACACUUCCUGUCCAAACAGGAAGCACAGAGACAGGCAGAAAAGAGACUGGACAGCAAAAUUCCUGGCAGAAACACACACAGGAGGAAGAAAAAAGUAUAAACUAGAUCUUGGAUUUUACACAGCUCUGCCACAUCAAAGUACUGCCAACAACAAGUGUCAAAUAACCUAGCACGUUAGCUUUUUUGUCCUCUCUCGCAGUCUCUCUCUCUCUUCCUCUCACUCUCCCAUUCUCUCUCUCCCUCCUUCUCCUUGUUCAUGGUGCUAGGGAGCUGAUGCAACGUUAUCCUGCUGUGUUUCGAGCAUGUAGUAUUCAUUUAUGAAAAGAACAUACAACUGUCUUCUGUGCAAAAAUCAAAAAUAAGUGACAGCGUUAACACAAAAAAAAAAAAAAAAGUACAAAAGUGAGCACAACUCAAAAUCGAGGAAAAGCUACAUUCAGCCACCAAACUUCGAGGCCAAACCCUGCUCUGGCAGCGCUCUUCGAUGUCCAAUCGGGCUCUUCGUCGACCCAUCAUCGAGCCCAGGAGGGAAAAAAAAAACGUGUUUCAGAACUUACCUAUCACAGAAAAACAGACCUGCAGCCGCAAAUGAAUUUGUUCUAUAUAAUUAUAUAUAUGUAUAGACGUUUGAGGAAUCUAUGGAUUUACCAGAAACGGAAAAUUAAUAUUUGUGUGUGUGCGUGUGUGUGUGUGUGUGUCACCAAACGGGAAAGGAGAGAAAGACUGGUUGAGGGUGUGAGACUUAUUUCCCCUUGCGCACACAGUGAAAAUGGAGUCGUUUUUGACGGAAAGGUAGGGGACGGAAAAGAAAAUGGCGGAUUGUUUUUUUCCGGAACACGGGGCGAAAGACUUUUUUUUCCGGAGAUUCUUCAGUUCGCUCACUUGCGUCUCCGCAGAGGGUAUACUGUACUUAACCUUGCAUCGAGAAAAUGGCCGUCUCUCGCUUCUCCUGUCGAGACUAAAGACAACCGAAGGGGGGAACAAAAAGGUUGAACAAUUUCAACGAGGAAAAAAAAAAAAACAAGAAAA